UUCUAUUUAUUUUAAAAAAUAUAGAAGAUUCUUAUCGCGACAUAAAUUAAGUUAACGUAAUUCUGUAAGUUAUAAUUUUUAAAAAUGUCUAUUUCAUUAAAUUUAAAUUGAUUCAGAAGCUUUUAUCUGUUUGCUGUCAAUUAUAAUAAAUAUAAUGGCAAAAUAUGGUGCUGCAGUUGAUUCAUUUUCUCAUAUGUUGAUAGCAAUAAAUGAUCAAAAUGGCAUUAAGUACUUGCCUUAUCGAGUGGCAUUUAAGUUAAAUGUUUUACAAAAUCAUACACACCUUGAUCAAGUACCAUUAUAUGUUUUAAAUGGUGUAUAUGAACAACAUAAAGGAAAGGAUCAUAUCCUUAUAAAUAAAAUUAUAUUAGAAGAUAUUGUAUCAGAUAUAUUUUUUGCAAUAAAGAAACAAAAUCCUAAUCUGGAUAUUAAUGAAGAAUUGUCUUCUCGAGUUUUGGUGAAAACGAUUAUGGAAAUAUUUUCAAAGUAUACUACAAACAAAAUAAACUUAAAAUCUGCCAUGACAAUCAUAACUUGUUUACUUUGUGAUCGUUUACGUUUAAGAUUAGGUUAUAUGUUCCAACUGAACUGUGAUAAUGUGACUGGUUUUACAAAAUCUUGCAUGAAAAAUUUAUUAAGAGAUCUUAGCUUACUGCUAAAUUUUUUAUCUGAAAAAAGUGUUUUUGAGACUACUUCCAUUGAUUCUGCUAUAGAUUCAUGUUUCAAAAAGUUUCAAAAUCCUAAAUUUAUUGAUGAAACUCAAUUUAUGCAAUGGUUUAUGACAGAACCACCUGUGUUAGAGUGGCUACAAAUAUUUUACAGAAUUAAAGUGGCAGAAAAUGUUUUUCAUGAUGUAAAUUGUAAAAUAUGUAAGUUGCCUAUCAAAGGACUUAGGUAUUUUUGUUUGAACUGUGUUAACUAUAAUCAGUGUCAAAAAUGUUUUUUGAUGGGUUCCACUAACAAAAAACAUAAAUUGAAACAUGCUAUGCAAGAAUAUUGUUGGCUGGAAACACCACAACAAAUGUAUACACAAUAUGUUAAAUCAUUCUUGGGAAGAAUAUUUGGCUUAACUUCUAAUAUUAAGUACCUACCUGUUGAUGCUCCUUGUGAAAUUACAAAUAUGAAUCAAAAUAGUGUUUGGGAUAAAGAAUCUUGUACAUCAAUGGUAUCUUCGGCUGUUAAAUCGCCACGACAAGAAUUGCAAAGUGUAAUAUCACAAAUAGAAAAAGAGAACAGGUUACUGGAAAUUGAAGUAAAUACGCUGAAACGAGGCGACUCUCAAUUUGAAGCGUUCUUAAACCAACAUAAAAGUAAAAUAGAGCGGCAAUUAACGCGACUUAAACAACUGAAGAACAAUUUAAGUGGUACGUUCAGUAGAGGAAAAAUGAAACGAAUGCAAAGCACUCCUUUAAUAAUGUCGAGACCUACAGCAGAAACAAUUGCAGCAGUCAAUCUUAGUCCUAUUUUUUCGGAUGCAACGGGUCCAUCAACGCUAGUCGAACCUUGUUGUGGUCAAAGUGCACUUAGUACGUUUUACGGUGAUAAAUUGAAUGAUUUAUCCAUAAAAUCGGAGGUGAACGAUUUUUCUCAUUGGCUGGGUAAUAAAAAGACUGCUAAUACAUACAAUGAUCAGCUGUUAAAUGGUUCGUACAUUGAAUCUAAUCCGACGGAAGAGAAUCAAUAUCUGGGGAACAAAGAAAAUAUGGGUGAAAAACCAGAUGGCUUCAGGUGUGAAGCAUCAUCGAGUGACGUGUUGGCAAAUAUAGCAAAUAGACAAAAAUGCGACAGUAAAAUAUCAAUUACUGUAAAUAAACAAUCGUCUAUAUGGCUUAACAGUUAUGGAAUCAAUGAUAGUAAGAAUAAAAUAGAUAACUUAGACGAUAAAGACAUGGAACAAUUGCAUUCCGAACUUGACAAAAUUUUAGAUCAACUACAGAAAUUAGUGACGUGAUUUCAGCUAAAAAUAUAUUCGUUAGUAUGAAUCUAAGUAUUCCAAAUUUAACUAAUAUUUCCAUAGUAUUAAAUAUUUAUUUAUAAUAUAAUAUUAUGUGAUUUAAUUGAAUGUAGACUAAUAUCAAAAAUUGAUUAAUAAGCAAACGCACGGUAUAAUUUGUAAAAAAUUGAAGUCACCAAACUAGCAUUUUAUAUUUAUUUAACUAUUAAAUAUAUUUUAUAUAACAUUUUGUUUCAAUAAAUUGUAUUCAUUUCAAAAUUAUUGUUUAGGUUUCCAUAAGUUGUAUUUUGUAAAAAGUUACUAUGAUAAUUAAUAAUAUAUUAAAUUUAAUAUUUUCUAUAAUUAA